AUGGCAGCUUAUGCAGCCUUGGUUUCUCUAAUGAAUCUCAUAGAAGACAUCGACCACCAUCACUCCCCACCAAUCUCUCCCCACAAACACCAAAUUCAGUCUCUCACUCAAUAUGUUAUCUUCCUGCAAGAAUUUCUCCAAGCUUACAAGCCCCCGUUUUCUGACAGUGACGUAGCAGAUCCAUUGGAGAUGCGUAUUGCUGACGCAGCUUACGCGGCUGAAGAUGCUAUCGAAUAUUGUAUAGUCGACAAUGUUCCGUUCGGUAGACCCAUUAAAGAUAUUGUGGAAAAGAAUCGUCCCAUUAUAUCCAUGGUGAAUGUAGCUAAUCUUGCUGGAGAUUUUAUUGAAUCUCAUAUUAGCAACGAGACUCUCCCCGGUGUAUCCAUAGCAACCGAAAUCGGACGCAUCCUAAAAUUCCCAUCAAAGCAACUAAAAUCAGAUGCUUUGUCAAAAGGUGUACAAAACGUUAUUGAAGAAAUGGAUCGGAUCAAGAGAGUGGCCAUGCAGACCAACACGGAGAAGGUGGUGAUGCUGCGUGAUCAACCGUGUAGAUUUGCGUCUUCUUCCACUGGGAAAAAGAGUAGUGGCGUGAUGGUGUUCUCUGAUCAUGUCAUGCACGGGAUCCUGGAAAAGCUUGUUUCAGACGAACGCAGUUGCCAAGUUAUCCCGAUCACAGGAAUGGGCGGGAUAGGUAAGACCGCUCUUGCUCAAACUCUUUAUUCGAAACGAUUAAUUAAGGAGCGGUUUGAUAUUUGUGCUUGGGCUACUAUUUCUGAACAAUACAACACAAGAGAAAUUCUAUUUGAACUUGUUUCUCAAGCCACUAAGAAAAACAAGGAACAACUUAGUGAAAGGAGUGAAGCUGAAUUAGGAUUAGAGCUGUAUCAGUGUUUGUGGGGUAGGAGAUUCCUAAUCGUAAUGGAUGAUAUGUGGCAUAUUGAGUCUUGGAACGAGAUACAACACUUUUUUCCUAACAAUGGGAAUUGCAGUCGGAUAAUGGUGACGACUAGGCUAUCACAAUUGAGUUCUCAGUUGAACAAUCAAUAUAGCCAUCAAAUGGAAUUUCUUGAUGAGAGUAGUAGUUGGGUCUUGUUCUCCAAAACUGUGUUUGGAGAGGAACAAUUUCCUCUUGAAUUGGAGAAAGUUGGAAAGGAAAUUACAAACAAUUGUCGAGGACUUCCUCUAUCAAUUGUUGUAGUGGGAGGUCUUUUAAAAAAUAUGGAACACACCCAAAAAAUUUGGGAGUCAAUAAGAAACAACUUAACUUCAGUAGUAAAUUUAGACAAUAAUAGGCAUUGCUUAAGUUUGUUGAAAAAGAGCUAUAAUCAUUUACCAGUCUACUUGAAGCCUUGUUUCUUAUACAUGGGUGUGUUCGAGGAAGAUGAAGCAAUUAGCGUCUCAACGUUAAUCAAGCUAUGGGUUUCAGAAGGAUUUCUUAAACCAAUAGAUGGUACAAGUUUGGAAACAAUAGGAAAAGAGUUAUUAAAGGACCUAGUCGACAGAAAUCUCGUUCUAGUUGAUCGAUUAGGGUGUACUGGAAAAAUAAAACGAGUCAAAGUUCAUGAUCUGGUAAGAUACUUGAGCCUAAACCAAGGCAAGAAAGAAGGGUUUUACCAUGUGAUAGGAGAGUCUAGUCCUCGAAGCAUAAAUAGCCAUCGACGUAUUGUUAUACGCAGGAACACUUCAGUUGAUGAUGACGUUCAACAUAUGUCAAAUGCUCGUUCCAUCAUUUGUGAGCAUGGGAAAGUUCCAUCGUGUCGGAAUAUUGGAUUGUUGAGGACAGUACAUGCAUACAAAUUUCGUACUUUCAAGGACGAAAGAUGCAUGAGUUAUCAUGUGAAUGGGUAUGUUAACUUGCGGCACCUCUUCUUGUUGGUUCUUUCCCGGAAUGAUCGAGUCGAACCAAACCAAACCUAG